AUGAUGAUGGAGUCCAGUAUCAACAGCGCAACAAUCUUACCACCCUACGAAGAAGAAUUCGAAACAGUUGAUAAUCUUCAUUGGUCUCCAGAAACAGCAAACAGCAUUUAUUUUUUUUGGAUACACCAGCUUCAAGCAUCGACUGCUGGAGUCAAAACUGCCAGCGCAAAGAAAGCUGCUGAUGCAGAAGCUGCUGCUACAAAAGCUAGCGAAGAAAAGAAAGCAGCCGAAAAACAUAGACACAAUUUAGUAUUGGAAAAGUUGGCAGAGGGUAAAAAAGGUUCAGGAGUGGGAGAUAUGAUAGGCACAAUGAAAGAAUUUGAAAAAGAUUUAGUAAAGCAACCAAGAAAACUGUUAAACAAGGAUUACAUAAAUUAG